CUUAUAUCCCUCCCAAACCAGUCGCUGCCUUUCGGCUUUUACAGACUCAUCCAAAGCGCAUCCAAUCUGGAGCUGUCGCGUAUCCACCGCAGCGGCUAUCACCACGAGUUCCCCGAGCACCAACCACCCCCGGAAGGCCCAUUCUACGCUGAGGACACAAUCGGCCAGUUCAGCCCGUCCGCAAUGGCGUCAUACUUUCUCGACCUGGUCUAUUCUUUGACCAAUUGCAUGUCAUGUUUUCCCGGCUCGCCGCAGCUGAAGAUAAACAGCCGGAGUUUCAAAAUACUACGGCUGCUAGGAGAGGGCGGCUUCUCGUAUGUCUACCUCGUUCAAGACACGUCGGGACAGAACCUUUACGCGCUGAAGAAGAUACGGUGUCCCUUUGGGCAGGAGUCGGUCUCGCAAGCGCUCAAGGAAGUCGAGGCAUACAGCCUCUUCGCGCCACACCCAAACAUUAUCCAUAGCAUCGACCACAGCAUCGCGUCAGACCGGUCUGAUCCCGGCGCGAAGACGGUCUAUAUCCUGCUGCCAUACUACCGGCGAGGCAACCUGCAGGACCUGAUCAACGCGAAUUUGGUCAACCACACGCGUUUCCCGGAGCGUAGGCUCAUGAUUCUGUUCCUGGGCGUAUGCCGCGCGCUCAAGGCGAUGCACCAAUACAAGGUCAAGGGUGGGCCAGGCGGCGCCGCCAGCCAGGGGAACGCGGCGCGGGUGCGCAAGGAGGCGGCACGGGCGGACCAAGACGCGGCCGCGGAGGCUGGUUCACGGCGGGGCAAGGGCAAGAACAGGGCAGAGGACGAUGAGGAGGCGGCGGAGCCGUUGAUGGACGACGAGGUCACGGCAAGCCAGGAGGGCGUGGCGCCGGGUGAGCUGAGGGCGUACGCGCACAGGGACAUCAAGCCGGGCAACAUCAUGAUCGCGGACGACGGCAAGACGCCAAUUCUUAUGGACCUUGGCUCUCUGGCACCAUCGCCCAUCCCCAUCACGUCAAGGAGCCUGGCGCUGCAGGUGCAGGACACGGCGGCGGAGCACAGCACCAUGCCGUACCGGGCACCGGAGCUGUUUGACGUGAAGACAGGCAGCACGAUUGACACGGCAGUGGACGUGUGGUCGCUGGGAUGCACGCUGUACGCAUGCCUGGUGGGCAAGUCGCCGUUCGAGGCGCGUUCGGAGGAGACGGGCGGCUCGCUCAGUCUCUGCGUGCUCGGCGGAGACUGGCGUUUCCCGGACGACACGCCCGCGCAGCAGCACGGCAAGCAAAAGGCGGCAGCGGCUCCUGCGCAGCCGAACGAGCAUCAAAUCAGCGAGAGCGUCAAGGAAAUCGUGCGCAAGUGCCUGAGCGUGGAGCCAGCCGAGCGGCCCGACGUGGACGAGCUGAUGGGUCUGGUGGAGGAGGUCAUCGCGCAGCUGCCAGAGGACGGGUCGGGCGAGUAAGAGCUCGCGGCUCGGUGGUGAGAAUUGGGGAGUGCGGCUUUGAUACCCGGGCUCGGGCUGGCGUCAGGAUGGUGUGCUCUAAUACGUAUAACGCAAUGUCAUGGGUUUUGGUGUGUAUCUGCGGGGACAACGCGAC